AUGCCUGGAUCUUCAAUUCAAACGAGGCUCUCGGCGGCAGCCCAGCCAGUUAAUUUUUGGUUGGAACUCGGUGCUUAUGAGGGUGGCUCAGCCAUUCUAACUGCGCAGCGUGUGGCCUUGCGCAGCUUGAACACAUCAGUCGUUGCUGUGGAUACAUUCCUCGGAGAUGCCCAUGUGCUCUGGGAGAGGCACCAUCUGCUCCGACCAGAUGGCACUGUAACUUUGUACGACCGCUUCUCACCCGCAAUAGUUAGUUACAGUCCUACAGUGUUCCAGGUUCCCAUCAGCUGCCUAGGCUACUUUGAGUUCUCAUUGAGGCUUCCGGUCAAAUAUUCAUCAUGCAGGUGUACAGACAUGCGCGCAAGCCUUAGCAGGGCAAAGCUGCUAAGCUUGUGUCCAAACUCGCACAUCUCGCACAUCAAGAAUCAGGUGCUGCCUUUGCCGGCGACGUCUGUCGUGGCACUGAAGGUGGUCGCAUCCCUGGCCAGGCGGCACAUCACACCGCCGGAGCCUGCGACACCUCUUGUGCGCGUUCCCUGCGAGUGCAAGAAAGUGUACGACCACGACCUGGAGUACCAAGUUCCAAGGUUACCGCAGGUUAUCUACUUGGACUCGGCCCAUGAGAGUGGAGAAGUGUUGUGCCCGUCUUGGAUGAAAGCCUGCGUUGGCAGCAGCUCGAAGAGUUCGCGUGGCCUUGCAGACAGCAGAGGCUUUGUGGCAACAUGUGGCAUCGAGAGGCAGACUUGGACGACGGCCUCGGGCCAGAAGUUCAGCCUCUGCGGACACUGGGCGCAAGCCUCAGUUCUGAAGAACCUUCUCUGGGCAGAAACUCGCGCAGUGACAUCGGGUGAUGUCGCCGGGUUGCUUAUUGUGCUGAUUGAUCGAGGCUAUUCAUGCUGGAGCGACGGAUUUGAUGCAAGGACCUGCUGUGACGAGCAGCUGAGAUUGUCUUCAAAAGAAAGAGCUGCGCUUGCUGAGGUCUUCACUUUUGAGCGCUGUUGCACCGGUCACCGGAGCGUUGCAGCAAAUGAAAAGCUUGUCUUGUCGUGCAUGAUGUGA